AUGAUCCAUGAACGAGCCACCAGGACAAGACGACAAGCCCUGAUGCUCAUUGCUCGGCUGAAGGGUCAACUGGCAAGGAAGAAGGAUUCAAUUAGCAGCUCAACGGAUCAAAUCCAGGAAAAUCAGCUAAAGCGUCUUGACAUCAAGCCAUUCGAUGGGAAACCGAAGGAAUCGAAGGAGUUCAGUGACCUUUUCUUGUCACUGGUGGGAAACAUAACAUCAAUUCCACCAGUACAGAAAUUGUUGAGACUAAAGGGAUGCCUGAGAGGUCCUGCAGCAGCUCUCCUCUCAACCGUUCAGGCCAAGGACAAAAACUAUGACAAGGCUUGGCAGAAACUCACCAGGAAGUACGAGGACCCUAGGCUCGUCGCUCAGUCGCUUUUUAACAGAAUCCUGACGCUGCCGAAAAUCACUCAAGCGACAGAAGAGAACCUCAGCGCCAAUGAAGUAGCAGCAUUAGAGACCCUCGAUCAACUGCAAGACGUGACGGGGUUAACGACGGAAAACGUUGCUGAACAGCUGAUAGCCCACUUACUGAGGAGAUCUCUUGAUGCAGAGACACUCAAGCAGUGGGAACUAAAGUUGGGAGACUCCAAGGAUUUCCCGACCCUCAAAGAAUUCGUGGCAUUUAUCGAAGCCUGCGGCAGAGGGAUCAACGCAGGUGCAAAGCUGUUAUCAACGGAGGAAAUCAACACAGCCACGAAGAAGUCAGCUCCACCAAAGAAAAGGAGCAUCUAUACAGCAGCAACUCACCAGCAAGAAAAUAAGGAGCCAGAAAGGCAACUUCCCAGGAACUGCUGUGCCUACUAUCAGGAUAAGCAUUUCAUCGCAUCCUGCCAGAGGUUCAUUGAGCUCACCCCAGCUAAGAGAAAUGAAGUCGUUAUCACCAAGGGGCUGUGCUUCAACUGCUUAGGGCCACACACGAAGGCCAAGUGCACGUCGGACAAGAAGUGCCACAAAUGCAGCAGGUAUCACCACACUCUCAUCCAUGGAGGGAGCUCAUGGACGAUGAGCCCGCCUACAGCCCGACGCACUCCAGCUGAGCCCAUCCAGACUGCCGGAACAUCCAGGCAGCAAGAGGAUCAUGGGAACAAAUCCAGUACAUCACCACCAGUAGCAGUGAACUUCAACAUCAAAAUGAUCAAUGAGAAAGCAGAGAACAUCAACCACGAAAUUCACCAAGGAGAAGCAGAUCAACAGUCAGUGCUGUUGGCAACAGCCCGAGUAAAAGUAAUAUCAUCGAGAGGAUUCACGACAAAAGCCAGAGCACUCAUCGACCAGGGUUCAGAGGUAUCGUUUAUCUCCGAACAAUUAGUUAACCAACUGCAUUUACAGAGAAGAGCAUCAACAGUGGAGCUAGUGGGAAUUGGUGGAAUUAAUUCAGGACAUACCAGAGGAAUAGUCUCAGUCACUCUACAAGCGAGCCACGGGACUGAUCAACUGCAACUCAACGCCCACAUUCUAAAGGAGCUCACCGCAAUAAUUCCAUCAUUUUCAUGCUCAUCAGCGAGGAUCGGCUCACUUCAGAAUCUUCAGCUAGCUGAUCCCCAUUAUCUAAGGCCUGGACCAAUCGACAUCAUACUAGGGGCUGACAACUAUGGGCAGAUCAUCAUGGAUGAAGUUGUCAAGUCAGNCAGGGUUCAGAGGUAUCGUUUAUCUCCGAACAAUUAG